AUGAGUCACUUCCUGCUGCUCCUCGCCGUGACUUCUGCCCUCUGCCGUCACGGAGUGGGUCAAAGGUCACAUGCACAAAACUCCAUUAAAGUGAUGAUCUCUGAAGGAUGUGUUGCUCUGGGAGAAGCUGCUGACGCAGACGCUGGAGGUAAUGAGCUGUCCUUGUCUCCUGGUGCUCCUCUGGUUCUGACCCACCACAUCCGCCUGGUCCCCUCUUCUCCUGACUCUGGUCCGGUCUCUGGAUCAUGUGAUUGUGUCUCGGACCUCGACUCCCUCCGUGAGCGCGUAGAACGGCUUGAGCGUGAGCUUUCUGCGCUGAGGCAGAAGUGUGGCGACCCAGAGGCAAACGGCGGCUGCACGUCCAGAGAAAGUAAAGGUGCGGGCUGCUCCGUGUCUCCAGACCCUGUGUCCCCCGUGUCUCUGUGCCCCAGUGACUGCAGUGACCAGGGCCGCUGUGUGGACGGGAAGUGCGUGUGCUUCAGUGGCUUCAGAGGGUCGGACUGCUCUGAGGAGACGUGUUCUCCCCCGUGUGGCCAGAGGGGGCGCUGUAUGGACGGCCAGUGCGUGUGCGAGCCGGGCUUCAGCGGAGCGGACUGCUCUAUGGCCUCCUGCGACUGCGGCGGGCGCGGCGUGUGCGUGGACGCGCAGUGUGUGUGCGACAGCGGCUUUACAGGGGAAAGCUGUGCAGAGCUGGCGUGUCCGCGUGGCUGCAGCCAGAGGGGGCGCUGUGUGGACGGUGUCUGCGUCUGCGACUCAGGCUUCAGCGGAGCAGACUGUGGCACCGGAGGAUGUAGUUCUGACUGCGGCCAGAGGGGACGCUGUGUGCAGGGAAAAUGCGUGUGUCAGAGCGGCUUCACAGGAGAUGAGUGCGAGCGCUGCGGCGAGGGAUACGGUGGAAAGAAUUGUGACAUGGCGAACCACACGGUGAUGGAGGAGGACCAGACAGUGAUGUCGUCGGUGGAGCAGCUCCGCACCAUAGACCUCACCCAGUCCUCAGUCUCUGUGGUCUGGACCCAGCCUCGGGUCCAGUAUGAGUCCUACGGCCUUGUCUUCACGAGCCAGAAGGAUGGCUCUCAGGUCCAGGCUCAGGUUCCUGGCCCGCUCUCCUCCUUCAGGCAGACCGGACUUGCCCCUGCGCAGACCUACUCCAUCACCGUCACUGGGGCAACGGGAGACAGCAGAGGGGCCCCGAGCUCUACCUCCUUCACCACAUUGCCUGCCCCCCCCUCAGACCUGCGUGUAGUGAAGACCUCCUCUUCCUCUGCUGUCAUCCAAUGGGAGCCCUCGCCCUCCGCCAUAGACCGCUACCGGCUCAGCGUCUCCCCUGGCGACGGAACGGAAGGGCGUGGCCAAGACCUGACAUUUGACCCUGGCACCAGCUCCGCCCACAUCACGCAGCUGAGGGCGGGGCUUCGCUAUGACAUCACACUGGUGGCAGAGAGUGGGCAGAGCCACAGCGCACCACUCACCACUCACGCUACGCCUGGGCCGACAAACGCUUUGGUCCCAGCUCUGACUCUGCAACGCUCUGACAGUGACAAACUCCCAUUCGAAAACAACUUGAGAAAUACAAAACAGCCUGAAUCAAUCGUACCUAAACUCAACAUUACAAAGAAAGUGUUUGAAAACGGGGGGCCGGGAGAAUCCCAGAGGCUGGACGGAAUCUUCUCAGAGUCAGAUUUUAAGGUCACAGUUCUGGGGGAAGGCUCCGAAGUUCUGUCCCGGCUUCAAAAACUGGUCAUAAGCACAGGUCCGGAGCCGCCCUCAGAUCUGCGCUUCAGUCAUGUGACCGAUAACUCCGUCACCGUGUCCUGGACCAGACCUCAGUCCAUGGUGUCUGGGUUCAAACUCACAUAUACACACACAGAGGAAGGUGAGCCGGUGUCCGUUGCUCUGGACCAGGGGAACUCCUCCAUAGACCUGGCUCGUCUGGCCCCUGGCUCCUCGUAUGAGGUCAGUGUGAUGUCAGUGCUGGGUCUAGACGAGAGUGACGAGAUCUCCAAGACUCUGCACACGCUGCCGGAUCCUCCCACAGACCUGAGGGCCGUGAACGUGUCGCACGCUGGGGCUCUGCUGCUGUGGCGCCCCUCUCUGACAAACGUGGAGAAGUACACCAUUGUCUACGGCUCAGGCACAGGGUCUGAGGUCAGAGUCAGCGUCUCCGGAAACUCCGCUCAGAAAGAACUGAGCAAUCUGCAGCCGUCCACUUCCUACAGCGUCACCAUCAGCAGCGAGAGAAGAGGACGAGAGAGCAGAGAGGACAGGACCAGCUUUACUACCACAAGCACCAGCACAUUAACCACCACAGAAUCUGUGUCGCUUGGAGCCAGAAACCUCAGAGCAUCACACGUCACACCCCGCACUGCCAUGCUGUCAUGGAAACCACCAUCCAGGCCCGUGAUUGGAUACAAGCUGACCUAUCACACGGAGGGACACAAGCAGGAGGUCUCACUCGGAGCCACAGUGACACAGCUGAACCUCACGCGCCUGAUCCCUGGAGAAGAGUACACGGCCCAGCUGCAGACAGAGGGAGAAGAGGUCCUGUCCACCUCCUUCACCACCGGCUCCCUGCGCUUCCCCUUCCCCGCAGACUGUUCAGAGGAACAGUUGAAUGGUCUGAGUGUCUCUGGCCUUGUGGACAUUUACCCUAUGGGCCGAAAGGGGGCCGCACUGAGCGUGUGGUGUGACAUGGACACGGACGGCGGUGGCUGGACGGUAUUCCAGCGCAGGCAGGACGGCUCUGUGGACUUCUUCAGGUCGUGGAGAGAGUACGUCCAAGGCUUCGGGGAACCAGCAGGAGAGUUCUGGCUUGGUCUGGAGGCGCUGCACAAUCUCACCACCAGGGGCAGUAUGAUGCUCAGAGUGGACCUUAGGGACCGACAGGACACUGUCUUUGCUCAGUAUUCCACCUUUGAGGUUUCCAAGAGGAACUACCGCCUCACAGUGGGAGGGUACAGCGGGACGGCAGGAGACUCAAUGUCGUACCACAGUGGGCGGAUCUUCACGACCAAAGACCGAGACCCUGCCUCCUUCAUCACACGCUGCGCCAUGUCGUACCGCGGAGGCUGGUGGUACAAGAACUGUCACGAGGCCAACCUGAAUGGACUGUAUGGGACCAACUCCAAACACCAGGGUGUGAUCUGGAUGUCGUGGAAGGGCAAAGAGACGUCCAUUCCGUUCACAGAGAUGAAGAUGAGACCCACGGACUAUCUGCCAAACACCAACAACAGAGCGUGA